UUCAUAAUUUUCGGUGAAAUUAUCUGUCAAUUUAUGUAAUUUUAAGGUUAACCUAGUCUAAAUAUUGGUUUAUACAUAAAUUGUCCACUAAUUGAUAAUUGCAAUGGCAAGACAGGUCUUAACAAGAGUUUUAAUCCCAGCUGCUGCUGUUAUGACAUCAGAAGCUCCGGACUAUAAAUGUUGCAAGAGAACGGAAUUACCAAUAUAUGUACCUGAUUCCGAGAAGCAGGAGAUUGUUUCCAAAGCCCAUAAACAUGAGCAUCACGAAGCAGGUUAUUUGGAAACAUCCAUUGGUGUUGUCCGCAAGCAGAUCAGACACCUAUCUCAUCAGGUGCAAGUAGUUGAAGACAUGGGUAUUAAUUAUUACAAUGACGGUGUGGAACAAGCCGGUUGGCUCAUUAACUAUUUGGGUGAAGAGGAUAACAUGACACCCAAAUAUCCAGCUAUUGCUAUCGGUGGUCUUGCUGGUUACAUUAUUGCUUUGAGAGGUGGAUUCUUCAGGAAACUGAUAUUUACCAGUGCUGGUGCUUUGGGUAUGGCCUCUCUAUGCUUCCCCAAAGAAGCUGCUUAUUACUCUGAGAUUGGCAUUGAAGAAACUCGCAAAUAUUCACACAUUUUGUACAAUUUCAUCUAUGGCGUAAAGAAAGGCGAUCCACAAGUUGAACUUCCGUCAUUGCCAAAAAUGCCUGGAAGUGUUUCUGAAGCAUGGACGAUGGUUGUCGAUCUAGGAAAAUCCGCUAAAAAUUCGAUUGUUUCAGAUGGCGAGCCCGAGAAGAAAAACUAAAGGAUUAAAUAUGUGUCUUUAGAUGAUUAAUAAAAAUGCUGUGAAUAUAUAUAA